GGAAGCAGGACGAUGGUGGCUCCGAGCUCCGGCCCCUCUCCAUCCCCUUCCCCUUCUUCGGUGCGGGGCACACCGGCCUCUAUGUAAACAACAACGGGAUCAUCUCGUUCCUGAAGGAGGUGUCCCAGUUCACACCAGUGGCCUUCCCCAUCUCCAAGGACCGGCGUGUGGUUGCUGCUUUCUGGGCAGAUGUGGACAAUCGGCGGGCAGGUGAAAUAUAUUACCGAGAGAGCACCGAGCAGCCCAUCUUGGACAGAGCCAGCAGGGACAUUGCCCAGUAUUUCCCCGAGUUCCCAGAGUUUUCUGCACAGUGGGUCUUCAUUGCAACCUGGUACCGAGUCACCUUCUUCGGGGGCAACUCAUUUUCACCAGUAAACACUUUCCAGAUUGUGCUCAUCACGGAUGGCAAGCUUUCCUUCACCAUCUUUAACUAUGAGUCCAUCACCUGGACCACGGGUAUGCACGCCAGCAGUGGGGGGGACUUUGCUGGGCUCGGUGGCAUCGCAGCACAGGCAGGUUUUAACGCCGGUGAUGGAAAGCGCUACUUCAACAUCCCCGGAUCCCGCACCGAUGACAUCGCUGACGUGGAGAUGACGACAAAUGUGGGUAUCCCCGGGCGCUGGGUGUUCAGAAUCGAUGAUGCCCAGGUGCAAGUGGGGGGCUGCAGCAAUACAACCUCUGUGUGCCUGACACUGCGGCCCUGCCUGAAUGGGGGGAAGUGUAUCGAGGACUGCAUCACGGGGAACCCCUCCUACACCUGCUCCUGCCUGGCCGGCUUUACUGGGAAGAGGUGCCAUGUUGAUGUGGAUGAGUGCCUCUCCCAGCCAUGUCAGAACGGAGCCACCUGCCUCAACGGUGCUGGCAGGUUCACCUGCAGGUGCCCACCAGGCUUCAGAGGCAACAGCUGUGAGACUGAAGAAUCACCAUGUGAGAACAGGGUGUGCCAGAAUGGUGGGAGUUGCCAGGUGGUGAACAGGACAGCAGAAUGCUUGUGCCAGUCAGGGUACACAGGGGAGGACUGCCAAACAGAGGUGAACGAGUGUGAGUCCAGCCCGUGCCUGAAUGGCGGGCACUGCAUGGACCUGGUCAAUAACUACACCUGUGUGUGCCUGGAGCCCUUUGUGGGACAGCGCUGCGAGACAGAUUCAUCUUCCUGCGAGGACCGGAGUUGCCAGAACCGGCAGACGUGCAACUACAUCCGCCCUGGCCGCUACAUCUGCACCUGCUCCCCGGGUUAUUACGGCAACAACUGCCAGUACGGUGGGCCCCGCGUGCCCGGCGCCUGCCUCUCCCAGCCGUGCCAGAACGCAGGCAGCUGCCUGGAGACUGAGAGGGGCUAUGUCUGUGAGUGCCAGGAGGGCUACACUGGACAGGACUGCCGAGACCAGCUCUCUGAGGGCUGUGAGUGUCGUAAUGGAGGCAGUUGUCUGGAGGGGAAUGUCACCGUCUGCCAGUGCCUUCCUGGGUUUUUUGGUCUGCUCUGUGAAUUCGAAGUCACCACGACACCGUGCAACAUGAACACGCAGUGCCCGGACGGCGGGUACUGCAUGGAGUAUGGCGGGAGCUACCUCUGUGUCUGCCACACCAGCUAUGGCACCAACCACACGAUGCCAUCCCCCUGCGACUCAGAGCCCUGCCUGAAUGGGGGCUCCUGCAAGGUUAACGAGGACUCCUACAGCUGCGAGUGUCCUCAAGGCUUCCUGGGCAUGCACUGCGAGAAAGCCAAGCCUCGGCUCUGCAGCACGGGGCCCUGCCGCAACGGGGGCACCUGCCUCGGGGCCCUGCCAGAACGGAGGCACGUGUUUCCACUACAUCGGCAAGUACAAGUGUGACUGUCCCCCAGGCUACACCGGCCGGCACUGCGAGAUCGUGCCCUCCCCUUGCUUUCCUAGCCCCUGUGAGAAUGGGGCUACCUGCGAGGAGCUCGGCGGGGGCUAUGCUUGCACCUGCUCCCUGGGCUAUGUGGGGAAGCACUGCCAGUUUGAGGUUGACUGUGGCAUCCCCAGCGAGGUGAAGCAUGCCCAGGCUUCUUUCAACUCCACCAAGGUGGGCUCACUGGCUGAGUACCAGUGUGAGCUGGGCUACAUCCUCAGCCAGCACAAUCACCCUCGUGUGUGCCGUGUGCCAGGCGUCUGGAGCGACCCCCCUGAGUGUGAUGAGAUCGAUGAGUGCCAGUCGCAGCCGUGCCUGAAUGGUGGCCAGUGCAAGGAUCGUGUCUCUGCCUUCCUGUGCUUGUGUGAGCCAGGUUACACCGGCCACCACUGCGAGCUGGAUGUUGACGAGUGCCAGUCGGAGCCCUGCAAGAACAGCGGGACCUGCCAAGACCUGCCCGGGUCCUUUGCCUGCUCCUGUCCUGAGGGCUUCCUGGGCACCCAGUGUGAGACAGAAGUGGAUGCCUGUGAGUCAGACCCUUGCCAAAAUGGAGGGGAUUGUGAGAGUUACGGGGGCUCCUACCUCUGUGUGUGCCCAGAGGGUUUCUUCGGCUACCACUGUGAGACAGCCAGUGACCCGUGCUUCUCCAGCCCCUGUGGGAGCAGAGGCUACUGCCUGCCCAGCAAUGGCACCCACAGCUGCACCUGCAAAGUCAGCUACACAGGCAAGAACUGCGAAAAAGAAUUGCUGCCACCAACCUCAUUAAAGGUGGAAAGGGUGGAGGACACUGGUGUGUUGAUUUCUUGGCACCCACCUGAGGACGCAGCUGCCAGGCAACUCAUUGACGGCUACGCCGUGACGUACGUAUCCCUCGACGGCUCUUACCGCAGGACAGAUUUUGUGGACCGAAGUCGUUCUGCCCACCAAUUGCGGGCACUAACCUCCGGCAGAGCCUACAAUAUUUCUGUCUUUUCAGUCAAACGCAACGUGAACAACAAGAAUGAUAUCAGCAGGCCCGUCAUGCUCACCACGCGCACUAGGCCGCGCCCGGUGGAAGGCUUUGAGAUCAGCAAUGUGACAGCCAGCGCCAUCACGGUGCACUGGGCUCUGCACCGCCUGCAGCACUCCACUGUCAGCAGGGUCAGGGUCUCCAUCCGCCACACGGGGGACCUGGCAGCCCGCACCGUGGAGCUCAACAGCAGCGUGGCCAAGUACACCUUCCUGGACCUGCAGCCAGGAGAGAGGUAUAUCAUCCAUGUCACAACGCUGAGCGGCCUGGGAGUGGAAGACCACCCCUCAGAGAGCCUGGCCACAGCCCCUUUCCAUGUGUGGACAAGGCCUCUCCCCCCACAGAACCUCACUGCCUCCCAUGUCACCGCCACCUCCGUGUCCAUGGCGUGGCAGCAGCCGCCUGCUGGCACCACGGAGGGCUACAUCAUCAAUGUCACCACGGCCCAGAGCGUCAAGAGCCGCUACGUGCCCAAUGGGAAGCUGGUGUCCUACACGGUGCGGGACCUGCUGCCGGGGCAGCGCUACCACCUGUCCCUGACAGCUGUGCAGAACACGGAGCAGGGCCAGCUGCACAGCGAGCCCAUCCACCUCCACGUCAGCACCUUGCAGAGGGAUGGCGCUCCGGAGAGGCGGUGGAGCCAAGCCGGGCACCCGCGGGUCCUGCGGAACAGGCUGCCCCCAGCCUUCCUGCCGGAGCUCCGCCUGCUGGCAGAUCACGACACGGCUGAGGAGCCCUCGCCUGCCCCCAGGUUCACAGAGCUGGUGGAUGGCAGAGGGAGGAUCAGUGCCAGGUUUGGCCCUGCGCUGGGAAGAUCCAUCACUGUGAAAACACAGCCAGAGGCUCCAGUGAAGCUGGAGAACACAGAGGUGUCCAGCUGGGACAGUCUGGCACUGCAGCUGCGUGAGGCAAAGAGCAAGAGAGAGGGGCAGAACUGCUCCCAGAAUCCCUGCAGGAAUGGAGGCAGCUGUACCAGAGAUGGGGAGUCCUACCACUGUGCCUGCCGCCCGGGCUUCAAGGGCAGGCUCUGCCAGCUGGCCUGCAAGAAGGUGCCCCACUCGUGCACGCGGCUGUACUCGGAAACCAGGGCAUUCCCCGUGUGGGAAGGAGGCACCUGCCACUACCUGUCCAGGAGAGUCUACAAGGUACACCAGGAUAUCUGCUACAAGGAGAGCUGUGAGAGCACCACUGCCAAGAGGACAAGCAGCAGAAAGCCAAGCAACAGUCACACACUGAAGAAGCCCUAGAAGUUUUAAAGCAGUAGAAGCUUCGUCUUUCCACAUCUAAGGGCUUUUUGAACACCAGGAAGAUCAGAUCUGCUCACUGGGUUGAACACAGCAGGGUUGAACUUCCUGCCCGGUGUCAGCCUCUCCCUCUCCUGCGGCCCGUUAGGGACACGCAGCUGGAUCAGCACACUGAGUAGUGCUCCCUUUCCCCCUGCUGGCCCAGCACUGCCUUUGCUGGCCCCCUCUCAGCGCCCCUUGAGGGGCCAGCCCUGCUCAGCACCCCCAGCCACUCUGCACAAGCCACGGGCUCCCCGCUUCACUCAGGGACCAGCCCAGCCCCUUGCCAACAGCAUCUGCACCAAUCUGUUCUCGUAAUCCAAGGUUAUAAAUUACCUAUAACCCUCAAAUAAAACAGUUAAAUGCAGACCAAAAAGCUUUAGCCAUCACCUGAAAUCUGGCCCCCAGAAACGUGCUGUGUAGAUGAGUUAGAAAUGGUGAGCAGCUCCGAGAGGUGAGGCGAGCACGGGCAGUAGAGGAGCAUUCCUGUUCCCUCUGUUCUAGCAGGGGAAACUGAGGCAGCUUCUACUGCCUGCCUUUUUUCUUUGCUUUGUACACAAGCCCUGCUUUUAACCAAACUUCCAGCUCAGAAACCAAUAGAGCACCUAAAAAGAAUUUAAAAUGUGAUCUGUAGGGUGAAAUCUGUCAGCUGAGGCAUGCCAGCAGUUGCCUCCACACCAGUGCAGGGCACAGCAGAGGCUUGGUGAGGAAGCCAGCCCCACACUCCAUCCCCUUGCCCUGCACUUCCCUGUGGCACCAGUGCUGCAGGAUUGUGUGGAGGAGAGGACCAGCAGCCAGCACUGCAGCAGGGCAGGCAAGGAAAGAAAAAGUGUAGCUUAGAAACGUUGCUAGUUUUUGUGAGUUUGUAUGACAACACUAGUUAAACAUAGAUUUGUGUAUUAACGUACACGGUGUAUAUUAUAAAUUAACACAUACCAGAGAUAUAUCACAGUUAUGGUAUAGAGUGUCAUGGCCCCAGCAGAGUGGGAUUGUUCUGGUGGGGAGGGCCUCCCCUCCUGCCAAGCAGGGCUCUGUUGCUCAGCCACAUGGCUCAAGCAGCAGCUUGGAAGCUGCUCUCAGAGCAGGGCAGGCCCAGGAGUUUCAGUGCUCCUGCCACCACCCUCUUCCUCCUGGAGCAGUUUAACAGUGCCCAGCCUGGGGGCAGGGACAGUGUGAAGCCAAGACCAGCUGGCCAGUGUGCUGCUCCCCUCCUGCACCACCUCCAGCUCUGCUCCCACAGGACACACAGGCCUUGUUUCCCUCCAAGGCUGCCUGGGCCUGCUCCAGCUGCCUGGCAGCACAGCAGCCCUGCCUUCCCAGGGCACGAGAAGCAGCCAGCCCUCCCCAGCAGGGAGAGCAGGGCAAGGGGAAACCCAAACAGGAGACUUUGGAGCUGUGGUCUGAAAGUAUCUGCGCCCCUGCUCUGUCAGCCACGAGAUCAGCACUGACAUGGGCUGUGGAGGUGGCCCUGCCAUGGGGCAGUUCUGUAGCCACAGGACCUGUCCCCACAGCACCAGGCAGCCUGGUCCCACUGCCAGCCAGCAGAGCAGCCACAGCUCCUGUCCCACAGCUGGAAGGUUUUAACCUAGUCUUGGAAAUAAAUUAGGGGGUUUUGUUUGAUUUUUUUUAAAUAAAAACACUUUAUGGAAA